GCGGGCCGAAGACGACAGCGGUAGUGACAGGAGGGAGGGGCAUUUAUGUAAAUGGACGCGGCGAUGGGUAUGGCAACAAACGUGGAGAAGAUGAACCACAGCUCAACUUGCACGACUCGUUUGGCAUCGCAUGCUGAAAGGCCGUUGUUGGCGGCGGAUCCCCACAGUGAGCUGAUGGCCAUGGCUGACGACUUUUCGGCGGCGGCGUGUACUCCUGCCAGUUGUCGUCCCGCUUACGCGGCAAAACGGCCGGCGUCGGCUACCUCCUUUUCUCCUUCCGCUUCUGCGCAUUUGGCAGCUGACGACUUGAUAGACGUUCAUGGAAUGCCGACAGAGUCUCCCCUUCGGACUGUUCCUGCGGAUGCUAUCUCCGCUGUCGUGGAUUGGGUCAUACCGUUCGAUCCGUCCCCUCUCCGUGUAGCGCAACAAGGAGAUCGUGGGGAGGAAGAGUCAACUGUGUUGACUUCUGCUGAGCAUCCGGAAGAGUGCGAAAACGCGUCGUCGUCUGGUCGUUCUUCGUCUGUGGAUUUCGGAGGGAGAGGAGGCGGUUUCAACGAUAAUUGGUCGUUGUCGAAAGCAUGGGACGCCUCUGUAAUACCUCCCACGGCGUCUGCUGUCGCCGUUGGUGAGCAGAUGUCAGACGGCGAAUUUCAUGAAGAAAUUCCGCUCUUCAAACCCAGGCACGUAAGAGCUAGCUCACUUAGAGACAGCAUGGCCUGGGACAAAGAGUUUCAGACGUUUUCAGAGGAGACGUUCAUCACUGAUGAAGAGGCAGGACUGGAUUGCUUGAUGAUGGGUGCACCGUUAGUUUGGAGGACGACGAAAUCGCCCAAGCCUCUGGCCACAGAGAAAAGACAGUCCUUGGCUGCAAAUGCCUCUCCAUUUGCUUUGAAUGCGGCCACAGAUGAGAACGAGAAUGGUAAAUCUGGUGGAAAUCGAGGACGCAGCGGGGAGUUGAGCGGCAGUGGAGGUGGCGUGUUAUCGUCGUGCAAUGUGAACACUCUUUCCGCUCAGCAGCAGAAGGACUCAACCAAAUCACCAGCCCCCAGUCUGCUAAAGGCACGAAGAAGUGGAUUGAAAGACAUCUCGCCUUGGAAGCAACUGCCUGCCACACAAGAGGAUGAACAGUUGGUUGAUGGCACUAGGGAGCUGAAGACUCCUGGAGCUCUGCCAAGUACUGUCGCUGUUUCCGCGGAAGAGAAGAAAGCACCUAACGAGCAGGACGUGACUUCAACACCCAUUGCACCCAUUUCCAGCUCCUUGGGGAGCGAUGCGUGUGAAGGGGUGCAGAAGAAUCCGCUUCUUAAUGUCAGUAUGGCAUGGGAUAAGGCCUUUCAGACAGAAAAAGGAGUUCUGGAUUCCAUCGACUUAGACGAUCCGUUUGAGAGGUUCUCAAAGCUGCAUGCGUUGUCGUCCACGGAGGUGACUGCGACAGAAGGGAUCAUUCAUCGCGAUGAGAAGGAACAGACUCGAGCAGAGAAGUCCUCGGUGGCAAGGAUGGGAGACGCAGCAGCAGCCGAUGAAAAAGCUACGUUAUCUGGUAAUCAAUCAGAUGCUGCGAUUGCGCUUCAGCCAUGGUUCAAGUCCACUCGCACAGCUGGAACUUCGUUGAGCCACGGACCUGGUUCUCCGGCUCCAGAUGAUAAGGUGGCGAGUCAUGAUGGGAUGUCUCAAUCUUUAGCUCCAUCGAAGCUCCGACCUGUAGGACUUCACAAGAUCAACAAAUUCACGUUGGAGAACCGCUUAGCUGAAAUAGGGGAGGAAGAAGAGAGGAAACAAGAAGAUGGAACAUCGAAUGCCUCUGGUGCAGAGGAAGGUACAUCCGGCCUCGACAUUUCUAGGGGCAAUUUAUCGACAACUACCGGAGCCGUGCUUGGCCAAGAUGGGCAGAGCAAGUAUGGCAUAGAUCCUGCGGACAUACUUGAGAAAGUGGCUGCUGUGCAAGCACAGCUUCUUGAUUCCCCACGAGUACGGCACUUGCGGUCACAGUUGCCGGCAAUGCAAAAGAAUACAGCAAGUCCAUCGGCUGAGAUUGUUGCUGCUGCCGGCAAUUCCGAAGGAACAGAUCCAGACAAGGGAGGUAAAAUUGGAAGUCCUCUAUGUGCUCCAGAGGUUGGCAGUGAUAUCUGUAAGGCAUUGCUUCCCUCGUCUCGUCUUCGGAAUCCUGUACAACAGCCGCGGGCAAAUUCAGUGAUUGAGGCGGCUAUACAGGAUGGCACACGUCUCCGUCUUCCUGGACGGUAUCAUCAAGGAUCAAAGAAACAGGGUACAGAGGAAGAGGUGCAAGCAGAUGCUGGAGCUGAAACAGCUGCUCCCAGUGGCACUGCUGGCCAUGAAGCAUUCCCGGCUCUCCGGCAAGAGGAAUCCAAGAGCAGGCUUGUGGGAGCUGGCUUUCUUGGAGUGAGAUCUAUGAAGGGUUCGAGGGAUGCCAGACCACCGACUAACGGGGGGGAGCAUAGCCUCCGGCCGGAGGCUAGCACUGGGUGCAUUGGCUUCUUGAGAUCCGGAUCGGGUGGAAGCAAGCUGCCAGGUUCACCGGGGCCAACUGCAAAACGUUCUGCAACAUUUACAGCUUCAAAUAGAACGCAGGCCAUACCACCAGCUUUUGCUGCCCCUCUGAAAAGUGUGGGUCCCCCAAGAAGAGUGACUCUUAAUGAUCCGACGUGCAGGGCACCCAGGGUAAAGGGUGGCGAGGUUGGCGGUAAUGCACCGCGCUUGGUCCAAGAGAGGUCAAGGACGAAUCUUCAAGGCGUAAAGGUGCCGGGCAAUAUCACACCUGGGACCAGAACACCCGGGACCAGAACACCCGGGACCAGAACUCCCGGGAACAGGACUCCAGGGAACAGAACACCAGGAGGACCAUCAUCGCCCUCGUUGCGGUCAAGGAGCAGACCGGUGUCUCCCUCCGGAAACAGUGAGCUCGAUGCAGCUGAGGUAGCACAGCGUCUGAGGCUUGCAAGGAGCAGGCCACAAUCGCCCACAAGCAGUGGCACAGUGGAUACUCGGUCAACGGACUCGGCGUGGACCAAUCCGAAUGGAUGGAACUGCAGAAGCCGGCAGCAAUCUCCCUCAACAAGUAUGAGCUCUGCUCAUGGUUCAGAUGAUGGCCAUGCUACUUGUGCCUCGGAUGGCUGGAAUGACAGAGCAUCCCUGCGAUCGGAGUCGUCAUCAGUUAUCUCGUCACCGUCUCUGUCACGACUGCCUGAUAUUGGAAACUUCUCUUUAGGCACUGGAGAUCCUUCUGGAGAUGGGAGGAUUUCAGGUCUCCGGAAACCGUCACCAAGACUGAGUUUCUUCGAAUCGGGUAAAGGAAGACGAAGGAACAGCGGUAGUGGUGGAGUCUCCUCUGCUGGCGCCUCGCGACUGCCUUCUCGUCCUCAGCAUGGAACGAGGAAACCAUUACCUAGACCCCCUCCGUAUGCAAAGAAAGCUGUUCCACCAGGCUCGGCAGGAAUGAAGACAGUUCAAGAUGGCAUUCCUGGAAAGCAACCGAGUGAUAGGUGGCCCCAGGGGAGCACUGCGUCACGAAUUCCAACAAUGGCAGUUGCGUCUCUAUACGGGGCCAAGAGCGGUGGUGGUGUUGGUGGUGUUCAACAGAGCUCGUCGAUCCGCCAGUCUGCCCAUGGAAAUAGUGCAAUCCAGCAUGACGAUUGCAAAGGCUCUCUAUUGCGAGGAGGGCAGGCGAAUGGUGCAGCAGUGCCUCAUGCCCUUUCAACACGGGUUAGUUGGGACGAUGCAAAGAAGUUAGUGGAUGCUUUCUUCGAAAGCCAAGGGGUAAAGGACUCUGCGGCAGAACAUGGGAACCCCAUCCCUAGGAAAGUGUUCAGAGGCUCCAAAUGCAGAAGAAUGAGCUACGAGGACGUGUUUGCCACCUCGUCAGUCGACAGUGGACAGCAGUCUUCUGUGGGGCUGCAGGAGAAGAACAGAUCUUCAGUGGAUGGGGAAUUUGGGGACAGGACAGAUGUUUCCUCCCGUGAAAACUCCCAAGUCGUAUCUGAAAAGGCUAGCACUCAGAAGAGGCUUUCUGAAGGGGCUGAUUCUCAGCAAAAGCAGUCCCAGCCAGCUGCUUGCCAUGGAAAGCAAUCUCUUGAGACUGCUACAAUGGUUCGCUGUAACGCACUCGGGGCAGUCGCUUCGCAGACGCAGCCAGCAGCAAUGGUCGGAAAUCCUCAGGAGAUCGCCCAGACUUGUUCGGGGAUGGAGAUAUGUUGUUCUUCAGCGAGGGGUUCGCACCCUUUGGCUUCAAGCACGUUGUCUGAUGCUGUGUACGCAAAGCAGUGUGAGCGAGGCAGUUCCCAACUGGUGCGUGCUAGCAGCCCUCAGGCCAGAACUCCAGGUAAGAAUCAGUUGGAUCUCAACUCACUGGGGAAUCGUCGGGAUGCGGGGUCUGAGUCUUGUUGCAGGGACGGACUGAUUGCUAAUGGGGAACAAAGUCCUGGGGGCUCUGGGCACAAAAGCAUAUCGAGGGAGCAGCCUAGCGCUGCGGACAAUGGGGCAAUUUCUUUUGCCGGGACCGCUGUUCAGCGAGUUGUGACCGGAAUGGGAAACAUAGUAGUCAGCGAAGCGCAAAACAGAGAAGGCAGGGCUUGCCACCUCAGCGCUUGUAGCGUGGCUGUUGGCGGUCCGCUUCCAAAAGCUAGAGACAUGGGCUGCGCACAUGAAGCUGGUGCGGUCGCCCCCCAGGCCAGUUUGGGCAUACCUGGGCCUGAACAACCGGUUGGGACUAAUGAAGGGGAGAGGGCAAGCACCGCAGAGACUCAGGGUGCUGGAUCCAACAGUCAGUGUCAUUUCCGGGUGGGUGAUAAAAAAAAGAACGGCACCUCAAAUGAGCAGAUGUCAGUGGGGGAAACCGUGCAGUCGAUAGGAACUUCGAGUGACCGUCAGGGUGAUGUAGGUAUUCCUGCUAGUAAACUAGAAAGCCGAGGGGUGGACGUAACGUUGAAAUGGGAGGGGGAGGAGCAACCAGCGAAGACGAGAGGUGGAAACACGGUGUCCGAGGCCAGUUGCUUGCCUGCAACUAAUGAUGUUGGGGAUGAUACGAGUAACUCGGCGUUGGGCUGGAGCACGUAUAGCCAUCUCAGAGAAUCACGAGUUGAUUUGGUUCAGAGGUCCGAAUUGCGUCAGAGUCAUCACGAGGCAUUCGAGGUAGAUGUGUUGGCGAAAGUCAGGAAUGUGCUGGCUGCCAUAAGAUUGGACAAGUCGACCGAAGCAAGGGUAUUAUCUGCAGCCAAGGAUGCGGCAGAGCGGCAACCUCGUAGUAAAGCCUCUGUCCGCAAGACCAAUGGGAUGGUAGAUGCCGAUGUAGACACGUUUAGGACCAGGGAGCAGCCUGCUGGCCAGGAUGUUGAUGAUUUGCGGACGGCUUGCGGGGAACUACACAUAGUGGUGUCUCCGAAAAAUGUUCGUGUAGGGGAACCGGUUGGUCGUCAGUCCUUCCCGAAAGCGCGACGAGAUAGUGAUUCUAAGCUAGGAGGUGAGAGAUUGAACAGUUGUCUGGUUGAUGAGAAAAGUGGAGUGGGCAGUAUGAUGGCAAGUCAGACUCCCACUGGGGAUGUGAGAAUCUCCGACAUGUGUGCCAAGGUGCACGAAGCAUCUGUGACACCCUGUCGUUCUCGAUCCAGUGAGGGGCCAAGAGAGGGGUCUGUAUCUUUUUCAUCACCUAAUUUGGGAGGUGGAACAACGGUUGGCUGGUCCGUCCAGAGUCCUGAACAAUGCAUAUCACCUGAACUUACAAGUUGUCAUGGUCCUGCUAGGAUGCGUUUCAAAAACUCGGAGCUUGAAAAUGGGAACCCAUGCCAGAUCUCCGAGCAUGAAUGCCCACGGGAUUCCAGGUCGCUCUUUCCUUCGUCUAUCAUUAUGGCUCCUUUGAAUUGUAGCAAAGGGUCGAGUAGGGACUUCCGUCUUCAUAGUGGAGUUUCAUCAGCUGUUGAUUCAAGAAAUGUUCCUGGGUGUUCAGUCGAACAUGGUAAUGGGACAAGGACUCAACCUACUAAUCCGGGUGAGGGGGUACUCUCACUUGGUGUCUCGGAUCUUGAUCUUGAAGUGCGUAGGUCGAUGAAGAGACGGCAGCCGUAUUCUGACAAGGAGAUGCAGAGAGUGGGAGGAGAGAAUGAACACGUCGUGGCUGAAGAGAGUGGAUCUGGGGAUCGAGAGGGAAGAAGUGGUUACGUUUCCAAUCGGGCAGAAAUUCUCUCUCAUAGCUUUGACAUGUCUGCUGGGCAGCCGCUAGAGGAUAGGGCGGCUCGAGCAGGUGUAACAUCUCAAAACCCACUUGGAAAUUCCUUUGGAAACGACGGUGGGUUUGCACGAAGUUCCCAGGACAAGGGUUUACCCGUUGGGCUUUGCAGUGAUGGCACGUCGUUAUCUUCUGAGGGUGGUCCUACAUCUCCCCGAGAUCCUUUUAGUGAGGAGCGCAUUCAAGCACUCAUUGAAGCUGGGACGGAUGUUCUGGCAGCCAAGAGUGGAAACGUAAGGCACUCGCCAACAGAGAAACCUCAGGAGGAGAAAGAACGGAACCCAUGGUCGCCGGUGAAGAAGUACCAUUUCGGCCCAUUUGACUGCACGAAGCUGCACCGGUCAGGAGAGGGGGAUUCUCUACUCACUGAAUGAAAGUUCAUUUUGUGCUCUCAUCGGUCAACAUCACAUCGUCUCCUUGUGGUCCUUUUUUUCAAGGUAUCUACCUACCGGGUGGGCCAUUGAAUUUUGCAACCACUACACGACAACUGCACUGCACCAGGCGUACUGUGUACAUACAUCAGUGUUGUCCGAUCACUUGUGAUGAAACAGGAACCACAGGACUCUGAUCCAAGAGGCGAAAAGAGCACAUUGGUGGGCUUCCCUCAAUGAAUACUGAUUGGACUA